CCCGCAACCACAACGAACGAACGAACAAACGACGCACCGCACCACGUUCGUUCCGGACGUCCACGCCUUACCAACCUUCUCGACUUGUACCCAGCUCGUCCCCUUCGUCGCCGCCGCAAUCACACGCACACCCUUUACCCGCCGGAACGCGCGCACUUGCCUUGCCCCCCCGCCAAACGCCAGCGACAACAGCUAUAGCAGCAGCCGCGAGCCGCGAGGCCUUCUCCUCCCGGGACGCCGCGCGAAUGCCCUCCCCUCGCUGCCGGGGGGAAGAGGAGCGGUAGCAGCAGGCGAGGGCGCCGCGGCGGCGGCGGGGAUGGCGGGGCGGCCGGGGUACGUGACGGUGCCGAUACUGUCCGUGCUCGCCGCGAUCGGGUACGUGUACUACACGGCGGUGUUCCUGGCGAUCCCGGCGUGGCUGGGGCUCGCCACGGCGGCCGGGGUGGCCAACGCGGUGGCCUUCACCGCGCUGGCCGCCGCCUGCGUCGCGACCUACGCCGUCGCCGUCUCCCGCGACCCGGGCCGCGUGCCGCCGGCCUUCUUGCCCGACGUCGAGGACGCCGAGAGCCCCAUCCACGAGAUCAAGCGCAAGGGUGGCGAUUUGAGAUAUUGUCAGAAAUGUUCCCAUUAUAAGCCUCCCCGUGCUCAUCAUUGUCGUGUCUGCAAGAGAUGUGUUCUAAGAAUGGACCAUCACUGUAUAUGGAUUAACAAUUGUGUUGGACAUGAAAACUACAAGAUUUUCCUAGUCUUUGUGCUGUAUGCUGUAGUAGCAAGCUUAUAUUCACUGGUUCUGGUUAUAGGAGGUGCUGUGCACAGUUUGCCUAAGAAUGAACAAUUAGGCAGUGAUUCUUCUAGAACAUCAAUUAUCAUUUGCGGGGUAUUUUUGUGUCCACUAGCUUUGGCAUUGUCCAUUCUUUUGGGUUGGCAUGUGUAUCUCAUCUUUCAUAAUAAAACUACUAUUGAGUACCAUGAAGGAGUUAGGGCAAUGUGGUUGGCAGAAAAGGCUGGAAAUCUAUACCACCAUCCCUAUGACCUUGGUGUCUAUGAGAAUCUUGUUUCAGUGCUAGGGCCUAAUGCGUUGUGCUGGCUCUGCCCAAUAUCAAGGAAUACAGGCAAUGGUAUUCGUUUCCGUACAUCAUAUGAUAUACCACUAUCUACACCACCAAUUUGACAUCAGGUAGCAUUACAUUCAUGUUAGAUUUCUGGUAAUUUGCUAAAAAAACUUGGUUGCCUAUCCAAGUGUGAAAUGUGCUAUUCUCGCAAUAGCAUUUGAUAACCCUUCAUAAAGGAAUAGCGUUUGUCAAUGUCUUGAAACUCUUGCAUCAAGAGUUUGUACUUGAUGUGAUCAAAUGUGUAAAUGACACUCCACGUGUAAGAUACAGGAAGAGGAGCUGGAUAUUCCUCCAGGCUCCAAGGAUCUAUAUGGAUUUUGGAGCUAGAAAUGUUAACUUGGUUUUCUUUUUGCUUUGCAAUUUUCGACAUACUUGAUGAGAAGAGUCGCCAGCGCCUCUACUGAUCUAGAGUGGUUGUAUUCAUACACAGAAGUCCAAAUACAUGAGUGCCUCUUGUAAAGUUCAAUGUCUUGUAUUGUUAUUUUUUGGAAACUAAUAUUGCGUUGUCCGGUCAUAUUGAGAAAGUAUCCAAGAUUAAUUGUAUAGAGUUCAGAAAUAUAUGUUACAUUUGAUAAACAUUGUGGCUGUUUCUGUCA